CGAGGAUUGGUGCACAGAAAUAGCCGGCCAAUCCCGGAGCAGGCAGAGCAAAGAUAACAAAGCAAAGAGGCAGGCCCGGAAAGAAAAAAUGCUGGGGAAAAGGUGAAAGCGCAGCAGAGGAGAGUGAGGAUGGGUGGAGGAGAGAGCGGCGCUUAGUGACGUCUCCCAUGAGGAGAGGAGAGGAAGGAGAUGAGCGAGGAGAGGGAGGUAAGAACAUCCGUCAGAUGAAGCAGCCAUGAGCAGAGGAGGGCCCGGCAGCACCAGCAGGCCUCGCCACCAGCUGUAAACACACAACAUCUGAAGCAUGAGGACGUCGAGGAAGGGAAGCGUGGAGAUGCCCGCGUUUGUGCGGCAGCUGGUCAAAGAGACGGAGAAGAGGGUCAGCUCCUUCUUCAAGGGGGGCCGGGGUGGAGCGGCCGAGGGGGAGCAGCCCGGGGAGGGGGAGAAGGAGGAGGUCAUUCCCAGCCCCUACUUGGACCGGCCGGUGUUGGACAAGCUGGCAGAGGAAGGCUGCGCCCGCUGGGGGCUCACCUAUGCCCUGGGGAGCAUGCAAGGCUGGCGGGCCAACAUGGAGGACUACCACAACUGCGUGCCUCAGCUGGGGGGAGAGCUGGCCGACUGGAGUUUCUUCGCCGUGUUCGAUGGCCAUGCGGGAAACACGGUGGCACAGCACUGCUCGCAGCACCUUCUGGGUCACAUCCUGGCCACAGGUGGCCUGAGGCCAGAAGACGACGCCGACAAAGUGAAAGGGGCCCUAACAGAAGGCUUCCUGCAAACGGACAAGCAUCUCCACGGCGUGGCCCGCCGAGAAGGGUGGGAGAGAGGCGGCACCACCGUCGUGGCCGCCCUCAUUUCGCCCUAUAACAUCUACUUCGCCAACUGCGGGGACUCGAGGGCCGUUUUGUGUCGCUCGGGUGAGGUUUGCUUCUCCACCGAGGACCACAAACCUUACUGCCCUCUGGAGAAGGAGCGCAUUGAGAGCGCCGGAGGAUCCGUGUCCCUCCAACGUAUCAACGGCUCGCUGGCGGUUUCCCGAGCGCUGGGCGACUUUAGCUACAAGGGGGCGGAGAACAGGUCGGUCAACGAGCAGAUGGUGUCGCCCGAGCCGGAGGUGUGCGUCGUGGAACGUUCGCCGGCCGACGAGUUCCUGGUGCUUGCCUGCGAUGGAGUGUGGGACACGAUCAGCAAUGAGGAGCUUUGCGCCUUCAUCCACAACCGCCUGCUCGUGUGCACCGACCUGAGGGACGUCUGCUCGCAGGUCAUUGACCUCUGCCUCUACAAGGGCAGCCUUGACAACAUCAGCAUCAUUCUACUGUGUUUCCCCGGCGCUCCCCAGCUGUCCACCGAGGCGUUACACCAAGAGGCCGAGCUGGAGGAUCUGCUGGAGUCCAAAGUAGCAGAGAUUUAUGAUGAGCUGUGUGCCAGAGGGGAGGAUCCUGAUUUGCUGGCGGUGCUCACAGUCCUCGCAUCUACCGUAAUCCCUGGAUUACCACCAGGGGGAGGCAUACAGAGCAAAAGGAACUGCAUCAUCUCUGCUUACUACCAACAGAGAGAGACGCACAACCCUACAGUACCAAAUUCCAAUCAGAGAAUGGAAGGCUCCUGAAGAGGCCGACUGGAUUGUGUCUAUGAAGGGAUUGUAAUUAACGUCUACAUUUACUGUUCGAUUCAUGUUUCUAAAUGGACAAAAAAGGGAGUUAGUUAUCAAUGUCUGUUU